AUGGUGACGGAAAUUAAAAUCAAAAUGCCUGAGAAAAAAUUUAAGUCUUUCAACGAAACGUUUCCACAUUGCGCGUUUGCUUUGGCUAUUGCUUUAAUUUAUCCAAAUCCAGCGAAAACGAAACAGAGAGUUGCAUUAUUCUUCGUCAUCAUAGCUAUAAAUUCCUUGAUUUUAUAUUGGUUUUUGUUAUACUUGGUUAAGUGUAUGUACAGAUUAGACAUGAUUAACCUGUCUAGACAAGUGACAAUAGGUAUCCUUGCGUCUCUCUUCUUUUUUAAAUCAUUCUACGUUAACUACAAAACCGAUAAAUUCCAUCAACUUCUUCAAAAAAUAACGGAUGAUCUUUUAAAAGGCAACAAUAUGGACGAAGAUUACAAAGUCAUAUAUGAACAAUACAUUAAACUUGGAAAACUUGGUCAAACAUGUUGGAUUAUCAUUCCGAUUUUGUUGAGUUCGCAAUUUCCAAUAUACGCGGGUGCCUGCAUGAUUUAUGAAAGUUUAAAAAGCGAUGUAGGAAAGAAAUAUAUGAUACAUGAAAUGGAACUUAAACAUAUUGAAGAUAAACAAUAUGAGUCACCUUAUUUCGAGCUGGUAUUUGCUUACAACAUGGUGCAGUGCGUCGUUUUAUCACCAAACUUUACCGGUUUUGACGGAUCUUUCUGCAUUGCAACAAAUCAUUUACGUCUUAAAUUUAAGUUAUUAGCACGUAAACUUUGUAAGGCUUUUCAAACUUCUCAUUCCAGGGACGAAUUGGAAAUAAGAGUAAAAGAAACUAUAAGAGAUCAUCAAGAAGCUUUAGUAUUUUACAAUGAUCUUCAAGACGUUUAUGGGGGCUGGCUUUUUGUGGUGUUCUUGCUCACAUCGCUGCUUAUUUCACUAAAUAUAUACCAAAUAUAUCUUAAUCAUCGAAUAGAUCCCAAGUACACAAUAUUCGCUAUAAGUGGAAUCAUUCAUAUGUUUGCACCAUCUUAUUUCGCCAGUAAUUUGAUGAAGACCAGUGAAGAGCUAAGCUGGGAUCUGUACAACGCUAAUUGGGAGUCCUGGGCUGACCCUGCAGUUACAAAAUUACUUAUAUUUAUGAUCGCAAAAUCACAACAAACCCUGAUCCUCACAGGAAAAGGGAUAGUUUAUUUUAACAUGCAGUUAUUCAUAUCUGUUCUACAAACAUCGUAUUCAUUUUUCACGCUUAUUUCGAGUUAA